AUGGCCAAAGCCACCGCCAUGGCCGCCGUGCUCCUCCUCCUUAUCCUCUUCAGCCACCACCCAUGUUAUUCCACCGCCGCAAGUCCCAUAAAAACAGUGGUGGUGCUGGUAAUGGAGAACCGCUCGUUCGACCACAUGCUGGGGUGGAUGAAGAAGCUGAACCCACAAAUUAAUGGAGUUGAUGGCUCAGAAUCCAAUCUUUUAAACACAACUGAUGCUAACUCUCCUCGUGUUUUCUUUGGAAAUAAAUCCCAUUUUGUGGAUCCUGAUCCUGGCCACUCAUUUCAGGCCAUUAGAGAACAGAUUUUUGGAUCAAACAAAACCUCUACGAAGCCACCACCAAUGAAUGGCUUUGCCCAGCAGGCUACUUCCAUGGAUCCCAACAUGCCACAAAGUGUUAUGAACGGCUUUGAACCUGACAAGGUUGCGGUUUACGAGACCUUGGUAUCUCAAUUUGCAGUCUGUGAUCGGUGGUUCGCGUCGGUCCCGGCUUCAACUCAGCCCAAUAGGCUCUACGUCCACUCCGGAACGUCCCAUGGUGCCACCUCCAAUGUGGCGGCGCUGCUCGCCAAGGGCUACCCGCAGCGCACGAUUUUCGAGGACCUUGACGAUGCAGGGAUAUCAUUUGGCAUUUAUUACCAAAAUAUUCCUGCUACGCUCUUUUACAGAAACCUAAGGAAGCUCAAGUUCGUAGGAAAAUUCCAUCCGUACGACCUUUCAUUCAAGAAUGACGCUAAAAAUGGAAAGUUGCCGGGCUAUGUUGUGGUGGAGCAGAGGUACAUGGACUCUAAGGCGGAGCCAGCAAAUGACGAUCAUCCAUCGCACGAUGUUUAUCAAGGCCAAAUGUUUGUGAAGGAGGUGUACGAGACAUUAAGGGCAAGUCCACAGUGGAAUGAAACCCUGUUCUUGAUUACUUAUGAUGAGCAUGGUGGAUUUUAUGAUCAUGUGGCAACACCAGUUAAUGGGGUUCCUAGCCCUGAUGGAAUUGUUGGGCCUGAGCCAUUUUUGUUCAAAUUUGACAGAUUGGGAGUUAGGGUUCCUACCAUUAUGGUUUCUCCCUGGAUUCAGAAGGGUACUGUUGUUCAUGGACCUAAUGGCUCACCAACUCCAACAUCAGAAUAUGAGCAUUCUUCCAUUCCAGCAACAGUGAGGAAGAUUUUUAACUUGUCUUCACCUUCUCUUACGAAAAGGGAGGCAUGGGCAGGAACAUUUGAAGCCAUUCUCCAGACACGCAGCAAGCCCAGAACCGACUGCCCUGAACGACUGCCUAAUCCAGUUAAGAUUAGGCAGGGAGAUGCGAAUGAAGAUGCCAAAGUCAGCGAAUUUCAACAAGAACUAAUACAACUUGCAGCGGUAAUGAAAGGGGACGAUAUCUUAAUAUCUUACCCAGGAAAGAUUGGUAAAGAAAUGACAGUCCGGGAAGGGAAAGAAUACAUGGAAGAUGCAGUGAAGCGCUUCUUCGAAUCAGGUUCUGCUGCUAAACUUAUGGGUGUUGAUGAAGAGCAGAUCAUAAAAAUGAGACCCUCGCUUUCUACAAGAUCAUCCAAUCCUGAAACUCGAAACCCUUGA